ACCCUGCUUUGCUGAAAUAAUUGAGGCAAGCUUUAGGAGCAUAGUUGUGUUAUCACUCCAUUUCAACACACCAAAGGACCCACAGCUCUGGAGAAGACGCAGAGAAGAUGUCAUCCGACGACUUUUUCAACUCCAACUGCACUGACUUAGAUGACGACUGCUCAACUGAUCCCUGGUCAGACUUAGAGGGCCCCACUCAGCUAGGACCCCCCCAGUUGGCCGCCCUGGUGUGUUAUGGCCUGGUGUUCCUGCUGGGCGCCCCCGGUAAUGCUGUGGUCGCAUGGGUGACGGCGUUCCGAAUGCCGCGCUCAGUGAACUCGCAGUGGUUCCGGCACCUGGCCCUGGCGGACCUGCUGUGCUGCCUGUCGCUGCCCCUGCUGAUGGUUCCGCUGGCCCAGGACCAGCACUGGCCCUAUGGCCAGGUGGGCUGCAAGCUUCUUCCUGCCGUGUUCAACCUGACCAUGUACUGCAGCGUCCUGCUGCUGGUGCUCAUCAGCCUGGACCGCUGGCUGCUGGUCACCCGGCCCGUGUGGUGCCAGAACCGACGGACCCCCAGGCACGCCAGGUGGGUGUGCCUGGGGGCGUGGGCCCUGGCGCUGGUCCUGAGCUUGCCCCACGUAUUCUACAUGCAGAAAGUAAGCAUGGGAAGCGACAAGGUAGUGUGCUCGCCCAGCCUCAGCAGACAGGCCUCCUUGGUGGUGAAUAUCGUGCAAUUCUUGCUGGGGUUCCUCCUGCCCUUCCUGAUCAUCGUGGCGUGCCACUGGGUGGUGUACGCCCGAACGGCGCAGGGGCCGAGCCGGGGGCGGGGGGGUGGCGCCCGUUCCCGGCGCACGCGGCGGGUGAUCGGCGCCGUGGUGGUCAGCUUCUUCCUGUGCUGGCUCCCGCUGCACGUGACGGACUUCCUGCUCCGAGUCACGCCCCACGAAUCGCCGCGGAUUUCCUCCCUGCGGCUGGCCGGCGUCCUGACGCUCUGCCUGGCCUACUUCAACAGCUGCCUCAACCCGCUGCUCUACGUGUGCCUGGGCCGCAGCUUCAAGGACAGCAUGAGGCAGUCCUUCCGUGGCAUGCUCAGCUUCAUGGCCGAGGAACCCAGCCGCAGCGGGCCCAGCUUCUCCGUCACCAAGAGCACCAGCGACAACAUCCAGGAGAAAACUAUGUAAGGGCUGGAGGUGUGGCUGUUGAAAUUAAGGGGCGAGGCUGGGAUGAGGAGGUGGCGAGGCCAUAUGACCUGUCAGUCAUUUUCACAGCUACAACUAGACUACCAGUUUUUUUUAGAAUGAAAAUUAGAAAACAAACAACAGUAGCAGUAUCCUGACGCUAGCUCCUUUCAUCACAUUCCCAGGCUGCGCUACAUCCCACCAUUAUAAGUGACUAGUCAUUUUCAGCAAAUACCUUAGUUUGGCAUAUAACAGGUAAUUAUCAUUAUUAUUAAACAUUUCUAUCCAAGAACAAAUGUUAAUGAACAAAUUGAAUUUUGUCUCAUGUACAGUACAACCAUUUAAUGCUUAUACUGCUUAUAUAGUAGAAAAGAACUUAAGGAGUUGGCAGGUUUUUGUUAGUAAAAAGCAUUUCAUUGAUAUGAAUAAAGUUUUUUAUAAACUUGACUGGCAAA